CUUUCUAUUUAACAACAUCUCAGUAAAACGAUGACUAUAACAACGUCACUUAGCAGCUUGGGACUUGUAGUCCGUUUUAGUUAAUACAAACGGGCUUUUGAGUUCUCUGGUGUACUAGCUGAACUACAAUCCCUUAACGGUGCGAUUUAUUCAAUAUAAGCCUCUUUUUAUCACUGCUACGGGAAAUGUAGUUUUUAAAGGGAAGAAAGCAUUUAUGGAGGUGAACGGCAUCGAAUCUUAGAACUACAAAUCCCAGCGUAUAUGUAACCGGCCCACCUCUUCACUCCCUGCUCCCUCCCUCGACCGCCCCUGUUUUGUUGUUUGGCUAAAGAUGGCGUUAGCGGCUAACACAGGCGAUUGCAUUUUGUUUCACAAAAAUUUUCGGCACAGUGGUAACAAAACAUUGAUCAAUUAGAUUCUUUAAUCCGCCAUUUGAUGUGUAAAAAUAUGUUAUAGUGAGACAACACACGUCUAUCACGUAGAAUAACGCUGGUUCGGCCUUACUCACGAUGUAGGCCUGUUUUUAGGGAGUGGACCGAAGCUGUUGGAACUCCAUCUCCCAGCAGCCACUGCGGCGUCAGGUGGUACAACUUUAUCUUUUUCAUGGUAUCUGUAGUUUUCUGACUACACCAUAAUGUUAUUUUUUGUGGAAACUUUGAAGAAGUCGUUAAGAGCACAUAUUUAACUUUUGAGUAAACAAGCUAACAAUUUAAGUGAAAGGACAUGUUAUUUAAUUACUCAGUAAUUCACUGGAAGCAUCCAGUGAUGCUCCAUAGUGGGUAUAAUAUCUGUCUCAACUGAGAGGAGGAAACUGAAGAUAAUUGCCAGGCAAGAGGGACAAUGGCUGCAUCACCUGUGCAAGGUGACUGGAAACAAUCUCGUGCACCCUCCAGAGAAGGGCACCCAUCAUCACCAGAGUCCUCUUUGACCUGGUGCUUGGCUCACCUCUCCAAACCUGGAUCAGGGGCUGCUGAACAUCAGGGGCAUGGCAAGGCUGACUCAGGUGGAGGCAGAGGAGAUGGGGACAAGAGGUCCAGAGCAUCUCAGUGGCGAGCCCUGGUUGCCAUCCGGACGCAGCACAUCAAGGGGGACAAGGCUGGCAUUGCCAGAUUCAGAACUCAAGGUGGUCUCCGGCCCCUGCUGGACCUGCUCAAACACCCAGAGUGCUCCAGGAAAACCCUGGACCUGGCUCUGAGCAUCCUGGGAAACUGCUGCACUGAGCUGCAGACCCGCAUAGAGGUCCGUAAGCUGGAUGGAAUAAACAUUGUGGUGGAGAUCCUGAAGGAAAAUAUGGCCCUGGAGACCGUCCAGAACCGAGCAGCCCGGGCUUUGGGAAACUUGGCCAUGGAUCCAGAGAGCUCUGCUCUCAUCCACUCUGCUGGUGGUGUUCCUCUUCUCCUCUUGUGUGUGUCUCUGUCUUCUGGCCCGUCCUCCCCCACUGCUGCUCCACCCAAAGAGCCCUGUCCUAAACUGGAAUGCGCCCAGUCGGCUGCUCGGGCUCUCCUCUACCUCUCCGACACGCCCUCUAACCGCAUGUCGCUGCUCACCCAGGGGACCUUAUCUUCUCUCGCCCCUCUCCUCGCUCCAGAGUAUCCCCAGGCGCUGAGGCGGGCGGCGCUCAGGACCCUCCACGAACUGACCCGGGGCUGUGGCGUUGAAUGUGCCAGGGAGGUGUCCCGCUCUGGAGUCCUCGCUCAGCUUGGUGUCAUGGCGUCGGGGGAGUCCGGUAAACCGUUUGAGGAGCUGGCGCUGAAAACGCUGGCCAACAUGUGCUCCCAAGGCUGCCUGCGCCCUCUCGUGGGGUCACUGGGGGUCAUUCAGAAGUUCACUGAGGAGGUCAAGAGGGACCCACUGAAGUCUGGAGUCUUCCUCAAGGCGCUGUGCUUGUGCUGCAAGGAGGCGGUGAACCGGGCCAAGGUGAAGGAGAGUGGUGGAUUGGAGGUCUUAAUUGGCUUUCUGGCUGCCCAUCAGAGUCACCCCCUCUCCCGUCUAGCCAUUCUGGCCUGUGUGGACUUUGUUUUCGAUGAGUCUGCUAUGGAGCAGCUGCAGGAGUUAGGGCUUGUCCCUCUGCUGGUUGCACGACUGGUUGAGCUCACCAGAGGCGAGGAGCAGUCUGCUGAGAAGAUGGAUGUGAGCAUCUCCUCCAGCAUGUCUCCCUCUGAGCUCCUGCCCCCCUCAUGUUUUGACUCCUUCGACUUUCCUCCUCCUCCUGAGGGAUGCAAGAAGGAGGAAGCUGGAAAGGAGCAAGGUCUUUGUUCAUCAAGCUUUUUAAGUCUCAGGUCCUGGUUGGUGUCUGAGGGAUUGAUCUCUUCAGAGGGGGACCUGCUGGAUUCCUCUGGUGUUGAAGGGGAAUGGGGGAGCCUUCAGAUCCCACCGUCGUCAUCCCCUCACACCUCCUCUCCAAACCCUGAUUCCCUUUCCUCUCUUAAACACUCUUCUCCAUCAAACCCGACUGCCUCCUCCACUGCUAAAAAAGCUGCUCAGCCUUCCCCCGUGUCCUCUUCAGCCCAGCCCCAACAGUCAUCCUCAAGUAAAAUCACUGAUCCGCCUCCCUCUAGUCCUCAACCAUCCAGUGCGCUAACACCCCAAACCCAGCCCAGUUCCUCCACUAUCUCCUCUCCCACUAAAACACCAGUCUCUCCAUCAAAGUUCUCAUCCCCUCACAGGAGGAGGCAGCGCACUCACUCAGCAGCUUGUUUGACUAAAGUCACUCUUGAUACCCCUCCCUCUGUGCCCCGCACGGCGGCCUACCAACACCCCUACCACCCUGAACCCUGGACACCCGAGUCGCCCAUCCUUCUACUGCUGUCGCGCUUCUCCCACUCCACCGACCCAAGUGCUGCUCUCAUCAGCUCAGGCGUCAUGUCCGGCUUGCUCUACUACCUCACCCAGCACCAGGACCCCAGCAGCAGGUGCUUCCGUAUGCUCUGCCGGCUGAGCUGCAACCCAAACUGUCUGCAGGCGCUGGUCCGAACCGGCUCGGUCGCGCUGAUUCGUCACCAUCUCUGCCAGAGAGGGGGAGGAUUUGAGGGAGAGGAGAGGCAGACGGACCGAGUGAAAUACAAAGUUAAACAACUUGGUUUUACUCUUCUUAAUAACCUGCGCGUCCAGUGUGAGUCUGGAUUCGGCUCUGGGGUCGUUGCCCAUGUGAUGCUGUCAGGCUCUGAGUCCGACAAGAUGAACUGUGCGCUGUCUCUGCCGUUAAUCAGCAGCAACAAGUCCCUGUUGAAGAAACUUCUUCUGGACAGCGGUGGGCUGCUCUUGGCUCUGCAGCCACUUGGUUGCGAUGACGAUGAUGUGGAUGAAGACCACCCCGCUGAAUGCGGGAAGUUGCUUUCUGAUUGGUUUAAUUCGCCGCUCUCAGGCCUGACUUCUCAGCUCCACUCGCUGUUCUCCUCCCUCCUGAUUGGAUGCCUGUCUACCCUGACUGGUGGCAUUAAAAUGGAGCUUGACAAAAAAGUUACAAAACAGACAGUCAGUAAAAUUGAUAAAGUUUCACCCCCUCCAUCAAAACGGCCUCGCCUGGCUGACACCUGUCCCUAUGGAGCCUCGAACUUUGACCUCCUCUUGCAGCUGGACGACGAGACUCAGGUCCGAGCCAACAGGGAGGCCGUGGCCGGGGUGGAGGGGACAGACGAGGUCGGCUCUGAAUACUUCUGGGGUCUGUUGAGAGGUGGAUUUGGAGAAGCUCAGGGUAAUGUGGAAGAAGCCAUCCGCAUCAAAGAUGUCAGCACAGGUAUGCUGCUACCAGUGCUGCAUUACCUGCAUGGAUGUCGCCUCAGCAAGGACACAGAAACGACCAGGGAAAGUGAUGAAGUAGAGGGGAGAGGACAGUGUCAGAUCUUGGAUAAAUUGGUCCUUGAUGGACUGGGGAUCUAUCAAAAAGAGACAGAGGAUCACUCAACAGAAGACUUCGCUUUCCAGAAAACAGCUUUAGGCGAGAUGAUGAUCGGAGCGUGCAGGUUUUUGGUGACUGAGCUGCAGAGAGAGUUGGAGGAUCUCUGUGUGUCUUUUCUCCUGUCCUGCUCCACCAAGGCUACCAGUCGAGCUGCGUCAGCUCCCAAAGUGGACAAGGCUGCAUCUAAAAUGGUCCUAGAAUGCAUCGAGUCUGCCGAGGAGAACCUGGCUAACCGAACAUCUGAGUUAGAGUUGACUGGUGUUGAGGUGCAAACUGAAAACCUACCAGGACAGACGAAGAAAACAAACCAGACAGACAGUAAAACCUCUUGCGCUGGGGCAGUUCAAAAGGCGAGCAGAGGACUCAAUACAACUUCAGACCAUAAGACAAUCAAAAGUUCCACUCCAGUGUCCAAAUCAAGCUGUGCGUCAUUGGUGGACAAAUCACUUGAUCCAGAAGAGUUGAGGUUAAGACCAAAGAACUUGAAAAGCUCGGCACAGCGUCUGAAAUCAGCAGCUCAGGACUCGCUUUCUUCCUCAGCUGCCAGUGCACGAGGUGGACCCCUAGCUGCCCUCCUCCCCCAGGUCUACUGGUUCUCCCAGCGGUACAGCUACCCAGCACUGGGGCGGGCCUGCCUGUCUCUGCUGCUGGGCUGUCAGGACUGUCCUCGGCCCUUCUCAUUCUCCUCCCUCGCUGGUGAUUGCCUUCGCAGACUUGCCAGAGAGGCCGACUGUACAGACACUCUGAAAGAGGAUCUACUAAGUCUGGCCACAGCAGCUCUGAGCUGAGCAAGGAGGGAAAUAUUGAGUUGGUGGCAUGAACUCAGAGGGCACAGAUUACGACUGUGUGGCUUGUUGUAAGCUUCUAGAAAAGUUGCCAUUGUAUUAAUUUUAUCUGGAAAGUACAAGUGCAGGUUACAACAACGGCACGGUUACCUGAACAACCUGCUGUAUGAAUUUCUUGAGCGCUUACAGAACUGACUGUUGAUUUAUUUUCAUAAACUGGAAGCAUAAAUUUCAAUUUAGUUUUUAUGUACCUGAUAUAAACUGUAGCCCGUCCCAGCAUGACACAUGUAUUAUAAUUUACUAACGACAUUUGUAUUGUGAUUUAUUUUUUUCCCUUUUAUUUUUUUGGAGAAAAGUCUAAGAAAAUGUCCGCAGUGCAUUUGAUAAAUGUCAUUUAGCUGGAAGUACUGGAAUUAUCAGGGUUGGUCUAGAAGCCAGUUGUUUAUUUUGUACAUAGAGAUAAUAUGGAUUAGUAGAUAUACAGUGUAUAGAUUCAAACUGUCCCAUAUAAAUUUAUGCCACUGAAUAUAUUGUUGGAACAUCA